AUGGAGAAAUUCUCUCAGUUCCGAGAUAGAGGCUCGGGUAUCGCCCCUUUUCUGCCCAUCCCCUCUCAUCCGUCAGGCUUCUACCUUCCUCUCCACAUCUUCCUCUUCUGCGUGAGGCUUCCCCUGCUCGCCACUGCGCUUCUCGCUUAUUUCUGCGUUCUACAAUGGCUGCCCAUAGGAUCCCUUGGUAAAAAGGCAUCUCUCUGGGUAAUACUAGGAAUUCCGGGCAUAUGGUGGAUUGAUCUGCAGAUCGAUGGCGUUAAGAAAGGCUCGUUGGCCAUGCAUCACUCUACCCACCUUCCAGGUCCCGGAUCCGUCAUUGCUGCAUCUCUUACCUCCCCCAUCGAUGCUCUCUACCUUGCCGCUAUAUUCGAUCCCAUAUUUACAGUUUCCUAUCCGUUCACGCGCAAGGUGCAGCAGAUCUCCCUAGGGCAGGCCAUCCUUCGGGCAUUCACUGGUCCAGAAGUAAACCCACCCGCAGAUGCGCGCCUAGUCGAUCUAGCCACCCUAGCAAAACGGAAUUCCAAAAGCCCCAUCGUCGUGUUUCCGGAAUGCACGACAACAAACGGCAAAGGCAUCCUUCAAAUGAGUCCGUCUCUCGUCACCGUGUCUACAGUAACUAGGAUCUUCCCAGUCAGUCUACGAUACUCACCGGCGGACAUCACCACCCCGAUACCAAAAUCAUACAGGACCUUCCUAUGGAAUCUUUUAAGCAAACCCACGCACUGCAUCCGCGUGAGAAUAGCGGAGAGUGUUCUGCUUCUGGUGAGCUCCAAUCGUGAAUCCCGUCCAGCAACGGUGGAUCCACAACCAUCGUAUGAUUAUAACUACUUUGACACAUUGGACGCCAAGACGACCCAUUCCGUUGUGGAUCUGGAUGCGUCGUUGACAAGCGGGGAGAAGACGCUUUUAAACCAAGUUGGUGAGUCCCUGGCACGGCUGGGACGAGUAAAACGGGUUGGAUUGGGGGCGAAGGACAAAGAGCAGUUUGUCAAGUUAUGGACCACAGUUAAGCGGAAAUAG